AUGGGAGAGGAUCAGGAUAUGGGUUGGGGUAUGUUUAAGGAAUUGAUGUAUGCUGGACGAAUAAUUGCUCUGCAGGAAGUGAUAAUUAUUGAUGCUCCCGGCAAAAGUACUGACAUAUUCGAUUUGGAUCAGCUAUCAACGUCACAUGGCACUACUACUUUAGAGCAAAAUGAUAAUGAUUUCUGGAAGGAUUUAAGGCAUCAUGUUGAAGACAAUACAUUAACUUCAAUACAGCAGACAGGAAUAGCAUUCGCCACAUAUUUGCAUAGUUUGCCCAAUUACAACCGUGCUAUGGUCUUUGAAAUUAUCUCUUCAUUAAAAAUAAUGGUGUUAGAACCACUUAUGUCGAUUGUCUGUGAUGCAAUUAAGCCAGCAAUUCCAGAUGCAGAAAAGGCCAACGUUUUAAACCACAUAAUGAAGGUCACUCAAGCAUUCGAUAUGGUAGAUACCGAACAUAAAUUUGUAAAACUUUUGAAAGAGAAUUGUAAUUUCAAAAUGCCAAUUCUUGAUCAUGUAACCAGUGAACUUAAUCCCAUGGAAUUAGAAGAUGGUGUAGAAAUGGUGGAAAAAUCAAAAUCCAACGUGUACAUCGGAUUAGAAAAUCUUUUCACCAAUUUUUUUGCUGUUGAGGCGAAUAUCGAAGCGUUAUUGAACAGUUAUGAAAAGCUUACUACUUCAUCAGAAGAUGUGAAUGACAACUUUGUUAAAGGCAAAUUCUGGAAGCAAAAAGUUGAAAACAGACCUGAUGAUGUGUGUAUUCCAUAUUUCAUUUUCGCAGAUUCUUUCGAAAUCAAUAAUCCGUUGGGCUCAAAAGCUGGUAAACAAGCGCUGACUGGAUUUUAUUUAAAUUUUCCCAGUUUACCACGACACAUCCAUGGGAAAAUCGAAAACAUGUUCCUACUCCAAUUUGUAUAUUCAGCGGUAGAAAAAUCCCACUCGAACGAAGAAGUAUUGCAUACUUUAAUUCAAGAAAUCACACAUUUGGAGAAAACACCUGUAAGAAUACCUUUAAAAGGCAAAGAUUGUAAUAUAUUUUUUUUAUUUGGAGGAUUACGAGGAGAUAAUUUGGGUUUGAAUUCUCUUUUGGACUACAGUAAAUCAUUUGUUGCAAACUAUCCAUGCAGAAUUUGCUCGAUGCAUCUUGACAACAUUCGGAAAUGCACAGAAGACGAUCCUACACUCUACCGCACUGAGGAAUCAUCGUAG